AUGAAGGACCUUCUCAUGGAGAGGGAGCUCCGCGCCCACCAGUUACCCGCUAUAAAAGAAUGUCCUUACAUCCGACAGGCAGUUGAUGUCAUUGAGAGAGGUGAACUCGAAGAUUGGAGUCCAUCUCCGCCAAGUAUCCAGAAGCGCCUCGUUAUGGAAUGGAUGGAUACAGAACUAUGGCUAGUUCGCCCUUUUGGCAAGCCGUUUUCCAACCCACGCCUUCCCCAAAUCGUUACUAAAUCGAUUCUUGAGGCGCUGGUAGUAUUCCACCAAAUGAAGGGCGUGCAUACAGGUGUUGCAAAGAAUAAUCCUGGUGCGCAGACUGACGAAACACGAGCUCCCGAAGUGUGGAGGGGCCUUGGAAUCUGGCAUUCAUCAGACAUGUGGUCAUUGGGAGUAACCAUCACGCAUUGGCUGAUGUCCGGGACCCUUUUUGGCUCACGGGAUAAGAGCAUCGAAGGAAACAAAGCCGCAUGGUGCCUGGCAAAAAUCACCAGGCUUUUGGGCCCUAUUGAUAUACCAGAUAACCCGGCCUAUAAAGAAGAUUUUGAAAUGGGUGAAGCACUUGAACAAACCGGAUAUACGCAUCCUGAAACUGGUGAAGACGCCCCAUUCAUCACUGUAGGGUCUUUGCUGGACGAACUACAGAAGCUCCCAAGGGAGAUCUGCUCAGAGGAAUGUAUUGAUUUCAUUGAGCACAUUCUUGUUAUCGAUCCAGCGGCACGGCCUACCGCCGAGGAAGCUUUGAAACAUCCAUAUGUUAACUCCAUGUCCCUGGACCAAUGUGCCUAA